GUUCCUAUGAAUCUAACAACUCCCUAUUUCUUUUCAUAGAAACCACACUCUAAAAUAGGAACAAUGACCACACAUAAACAAGGUGCUCUUCAACAACAACAACUGUACGUAGGUACCAUGUUUCUAUAAGACCAAGUUUGUAGAGCCAACACAAUUCGUCCAUGGCUAUGGAGGCUCCACACCAGUAUCCGGGGAAGCUCACCUUCAGGGUGGUCAUCACCUGUAUCAUGGCAGCCACUGGUGGUUUGAUUUUUGGUUAUGAUCAUGGUGUUUCAGGUGGUGUGACCUCCAUGGAUUCCUUCCUGAAGGAGUUUUUUCCAUCUGUUUAUGAGCAGGAGUCUAAUGUGAAGCCUUCUGCAAACCAGUACUGCAAAUUCAACAGUCAGAUAUUGACGCUGUUUACAUCUUCCUUGUAUCUGAGUGCUCUUGUUGCGGGUCUAGGGGCAUCCACCAUAACCAGGAUUAUGGGCAGGCGUGCAACUAUGAUUGUUGGUGGGUUAUUCUUUGUAUCAGGUGCAUUGUUCAAUGGAUUAGCCGACGGCAUCUGGAUGCUUAUUGUUGGAAGGUUGUUGCUUGGUUUUGGCAUUGGAUGCGCCAAUCAGUCAGUGCCAAUUUAUCUCUCAGAGAUGGCUCCUUAUAAAUACCGGGGAGGUCUAAAUAUGUGUUUCCAAUUGUCAAUCACUAUAGGCAUCUUUGUGGCCAAUCUAUUUAACUACUAUUUUGCCAAGAUACUGAAUGGUCAGGGAUGGAGAUUAAGUUUGGGGCUUGGUGCAGUCCCAGCCGUUAUUUUUGUUGUAGGCUCACUUUGCCUUCCUGACUCACCGAGCUCCCUUGUUGCUCGCGGUCGUCACGAAGCUGCUAGACAGGAGCUUGUGAAAAUACGCGGGACUACUGAUAUUGAGGCAGAGUUAAAAGACAUUAUUACUGCUAGUGAAGCUUUGGAAAAUGUGAAACACCCUUGGAAGACCUUGUUGGAGAGAAAAUACAGGCCACAGCUUGUUUUCGCCGUAUGCAUUCCCUUCUUCCAGCAAUUCACUGGCUUGAAUGUGAUUACAUUCUAUGCUCCAAUUUUGUUCAGAACAAUCGGUUUCGGACCCACAGCUUCUCUCAUGUCUGCAGUGAUCAUUGGAAGCUUUAAACCCGUUUCAACCCUUAUUUCAAUAUUUGUUGUAGAUAAAUUCGGAAGACGCACCCUUUUCCUUGAAGGGGGUGCUCAAAUGUUGAUUUGCCAGAUUAUCAUGACAAUUGCUAUUGCUGUUACAUUUGGCACAAGUGGGAACCCUGGCCAGCUGCCUAAGUGGUAUGCAGUUGUGAUUGUGGGUGUCAUCUGUGUGUAUGUCGCCGGUUUCGCUUGGUCUUGGGGUCCUCUAGGUUGGUUGGUGCCCAGCGAAAUCUUUCCACUCGAAAUUAGGCCUGCUUGUCAGAGUAUCACGGUUGGUGUCAACAUGACCUGCACUUUCUUCAUAGCUCAAUUCUUCACUGCAAUGCUCUGUCACAUGAAGUUUGGCUUGUUCCUCUUCUUUGGGGGCUUUGUGGUCAUCAUGACCAUAUUCAUCUACAAGCUAUUUCCAGAAACAAAGGGUGUCCCACUUGAGGAAAUGCAUAAGGAAUGGCAGAAACACCCUAUCUGGGGCAAGUUUUUGGAUGCAGGAAGAGCUGAUGAGAAAGACUCUAAGUGAUAAUUGUUAGUUCUUUGUUUGUUACACUCUUGGAUUUGCAAAGUGUGGCUUCACUUGAAAAUUUUAUUGGCCAAGCUUUGUGAUGAUGCUGCUGUAAUAUAUAAAACAUUUAAGUUGGAAUCUUCACACAUUGUACAUUGCAAAGUGCAAAGCCACUUGCAUUUGGUUCCAUUUAGACUCAGAAUUGUAAUAAACAAACAUGCCACAGUCAAGUUCUUUUCAAUGUAGAAUACUCUUGUUCUGCUA